AUGACAGACCGUUGGGACGCGUACUUUGGCAUAGUCACCGCACAUGAAGGCAGACGGGUCAACGCCGUCGACUUUUCCCCCGACGGCAGAGCGAUCGUCUCUUCAGGCAAUGACAGCAAGAUACGCAUUUGGGACGUGCCUACCUGCACCCUGCUUCUCGUCCUCUACAGUCAUUCCGAAUCCAUUCUCUCUGUCAAGUACUCUCCGGACGGCGCUCGCAUUGUUUCUGCUGCUGGUGACUGCACGGUCAAGAUCUGGGACUCAAUGUCUGGCAUGCUUCUCUUCACCCUGGAAGGGCACACGAAAUCGGUCCGCUGCGCAGUCUUUACGCCUGACGGGAGGCGUAUCAUUUCUGGCUCCAACGACCAUUCCAUCAAGCUCUGGGAUGCCGAGUCAGGAGCCUGUUUGGUGACCUUAACUAAGCACCAAGGCUGGGUCACAUCCAUUGCUGUGUCUCCGAAUGGUCUUUUUCUCACGGCCGGAGACAAGUUUGCAUGCGGAUCGGGGAACUCUAUCCUCGUCUUAGACCUCGCAAGUGGCGAGGUUCGACAAGUAUUCACCGGUCACACCGACGAUGUCACCUGUAUCGCUUAUAAUCGAGAUGGGACUUGCAUCGCGUCUGGCUCGUUGGAUGGCACUGUCCGACUCCGGUACUUACUCACAGGAGCUAUCACUGAAGCCGAAAACCUUGAAGGACAUUCUGCCUGUCUCUGGGAUGUUGCAACGGGCCAACUCAUCCGCGAGUUUGUCGGACACAGUGACGCCAUUUACUCCGUCGGCUUCUCCCUCGACGGAAGACGCAUCGCAACGGGCUCCCUCGACGAGACUGUCAUCAUUUGGGACGUCGCGACCGGAACGCGUGUAGCAACGUGCAGGGGACAUUAUAAACGGGUGCUCUCAGUCGCCUUCUCUCCUAACGGAGAACGCGUCACGUCGGGAGGUGAUGAUCGUCGCAUUAUGGUGUGGAAUGCAGAGGGAGGAGAGCUACUUAAGUCGUUCGAGGGGCACACGGGCCUCAUAGCGUCGGUCGCCUUUGCUCCUGGCGGGGACGUCAUCAUUUCCUCCUCGAACGACACCACCAUGCGAUUCUGGGACAUUGAGACAGGCGCUUGUCUCCUCGUCCUCAACCCGGCUACCUGGGGCAGCACCGUGCGACUGUCCCCCGACGGUUCUGGAGUCCUAGUUGAUGGUGAACGACUCAUUCGGCUAUGGGCACCUCUCGAUGAAGACGCGCAGGCGGCGGCAUCGCUUCCUUGGCUCCCGCGUCGCACCUGGCCUAUGUACUACAUCGAGGAAGGCUGGAUCUUUUCUCUGACGCCUACCCGACGGACGCGGUUGUGUUGGGUACCUGCAGACUGGCAGGGCUUGAAGGGAUACCAUGGGCAGAAUGUGCUAUUUGGGAAGCGGCGUAUCAGGGUAAAUUUCUCGGCGUUGAGUAGUUACCUCGAAGGUUUGCGCACUGAUAGCACGUAGAAGUGUAUUUAGGGUACUAGCUACAUUUGUAUUGUUUCUACUUCGAAAACACUGUGUGACCCGUAAGUUCACAAUAAGAGUGAGCGGGACGUGGCGAAAGAUACCAGCAUCUUCUGUUACGAACGAGGGAAGCAAACGCGCGGCGGUACAGCUGGUCCGAACCGAUCGUAUUGCAGACACACACCAUACAGUUACGUAACUGAUGCUACGCAGACGUUCGUGUCACUGGUAAAUCCGAUCUAUUACUUGAGGCAGCGAAAGUGGCGCAGGCAUAACAACCGUGAAAAACGGUAAAUACGCCCAAGAAAUACAUGCAAGGCAAGAUACACGUACGACGUCAGCCGACUUCGCCUCCUCCUCUGCAACUCGUUCGACUUUCCCAGCAGCAGUGCCUCGCACGAACUCGUUGCUGUUCGCCUUAUGGAUUCCGAGCACGAGCGACCACCGCCUCUCCUCACCCUCGACGACGACGUUCGGCUUGGUCGACAAUAGUUUCGCGUUGACCGCGACCGCAGGAAGUAACAAUCACUUUUGCCGUUUUACGGUGUCUUCCCUUCGGGCGGCGAUCGGCAGCAGCAGGCUGCCCGCUACCACCAGGCCCCUCAGCCUCGCUCAACUGCACUGGUGGGAGUCCUCAACGUCCUUGCUGCCUUCCUCCAAGUCGUGCAGGGGCAAAUGCUUGGUGCCGCCGAGGGCGAAGCGCACGAGCGAGGGACUUGUUUCCACUAAUGGCGACGUCUUGUCCAACGGGUCCUUCACGUCUUGUGUGAUCUUGACGAUGCUUCUUAGGCGCAACAAGGUCUUGGUACUCAGUACAGGGAAACGCGAUGGACCGCUGGGCGAUUCGCGAGAGGGCACCGGCGGUACUGGAGGCGCGUGGACAUCAGCUUUAGAGCGUUGCCGUCUCAUCGCUAGCCCGAAGCCAGUGGCGAUCAGAACCGACGAGAGCGUCUGGGUGCUCUCGUUGAGAAGUAAGGAGGCACGAGCCCAAGGGCAAAGAAGGCAGAAUGCGAUAACAUUGCCGUCGCAGGCUAGAACUCCUAAGGAAGAUGGUGUUGGGGCAGAUCCUGCAGGUGCGCACAGAUUUGGGGCUUCUGCUCGGACUCCAUGCCACCCGACUAUAACGAAGAGCGUCUGAAGAAGACG